AUGCAUGUCAGAUCCACAUGGGUAAAUUGUAAGAUUCAAAUAAUACAUAAUUGCCAUUAUUGUAAAGUAAUCUUGCAUAAUUUAAAAAGGGAUUGAAUACCUAGAUAACAAUGCAAUACAUUACAGACCCAUAUGCAUGUGUGGAUUGAAAUGCAAGGGAAAUAUCAUGAUUUUCACAUCAUUAAACGAACACAUGAUAGAUGUAUUAUAUGAUCAACACUGUUUCAUUGCAGCCUGGUUGUAAAGUCUCUGUAAUGUUACAAGGAGUUACAAGGAGUGGAAUGUUCGCUAAACAGACUACAGCCCAGACUAGUUCCAUUCAAUACAUACACGCACGAUUUUCAUAGCUUUGGGUGUCCAAAAGAUAAUGAGUUCACAACUUUCUCCAAAUGCAGAUAAAUGCUGGCUUCUAGCUAACAUCAAGUAAAUUAGGUACCAGUGUUGUGCUGAAAAUCCCCCUGCCAGAAUACACCCCCGCCUUCUAAUUUCCUUCAUUUUGUGGCUUGAGUCAAAUACUUUCGGUAUUCGGGGCGGGCGCUGAAGGGGGGGGGUUCCGCCCAGGGCGCCAUACAAGCUAGAACCGCCACAUACACUUGAAACAAAUAGCCAAACUGAAAACUGCAGACAAAAAUGCUUUCUGCUACUAAGAUCAGUGAAAUGUAGGCUAAACUGACAGAGUGAAGAGCAGAAAUGUCAGCUAGCAAGCAAGUCACAGUAACGAAGAACGCGAAGGGGGGAUUCUGGGGGGAGAUUUUCGACACAACACCUGUGCAGAAGCAAAGGCUACGUAUGUAUUACAGGAGCCAUGCUUUUACUCCUCGGUUUGCUCAGAGCCUGAUGAGGAGAGGCUACUAUAGUUGUGUAUGGCAGUCCAGACGGCAGCAUCAAGCUUGGCUUUGUAUUUGUAUCCAUUCCAUGCAGUCACUAAAAGAGAGACAACCAGAAGAAUUGUGUCCAGAGACUUGUCUUCCACCUACACAUCACCAGAACACAACGCAGAAAGGAACAAGUGUGGGUGCCGAGCACUUUCAGGCCUACCUCCUUGAAUGGUUGGUUGGGUGGAAUGAGGACCGUGCUGAAGCUGCAGCCGAGGGGGGCGCACAGAAGCAGACCCUGCACUGCUAUGAUGGUGUAGCUCAGUACGCCAUCAUUGAGCUGAGCCAGAAGCUCCUGGGCUGCAGUCUUGUGAAGGAAGGCCUGCAAAGUACACUGGGGAACUCAUUGGGGUCGAGUAUCUCUUCUCCCAGACCCAUGGUGACCAGAGGUUGGAGUCCAACCUCGGUAAGGACCCAGACGGGACACCUGAUCUAUUUGAGGGAGAGGAGGAUGACCCCACCAUGUCCUUGCCCGACCUCGAUGACCGUCUCCCACCAGUCCCUCCACUCAGGAAGGCCACUCCACCGCCCACUCAACCCAUCCCAGGUACCUGUCGUCACACCCCCUGAUGACACUGCACCAGCUGCCAGUCAGGACCCGGAGGAUGAUGAGUACAUAGGACUUGAUGGGGUUAGUGGAUACCAGCACGUGGUCCUCCUGGCCACUAGUCAGCCACUGCCACCUCUACCCAGUCUGUCUUCCACCUCUCUCCCUAUAACGCCAGUCUCCCAAGAUCUGCCCUCAACCUCCACUCCUCUUCCCCCUCCUGCUGGUGGACCAAAGGUCUCCAGAACCACCGAAUGGAGGAGGAGGAAGAAGCUGGAGUCUGGCAUUAAAGUCAGAGUGCACAAGCCAUAUGAAGGCUAUAAGUGCUCUAAAUGUGGCAAGCCUAAAACUUCUGAGUUUGGACACAUGGUUCUGUGAGAUUCUGUGCCGCUACCUCUGGUGGCCAAACUGUGGAGGAGUGGCUGGCACUCAUGAGGGCCCAGCAUGGUGCUAUAGCCAAGGCCAGUAAACUCUGACUGACUGGUGUUACAUUGUAAAGUAGUUUUUGUACGUAUGUUCUUUGUAAAAAAAUAAUAAAAAAUAUACGACAUUCA